UCACCGCCCUUAUCAACUCUGAGUCAGAUGGCAACUUCAGAUCAAUAGAGCUCUGCUGCCAGCUCAGUCUCCAAAAGACCAUCAACAAGAGGUGCUACCAAGCCCAAUCCAUCACUGGAAAGCCCCUCUCACGUGGUUAUAUCAAAAUCAUGUCAGCCCUGGAACCUCUUCUUGGCACUUCCAUCUUCACCAAGCUGGACCUCCAUAGUACCUACGACCUCAUCCGGAAAUGCAAGGGGGAUGAAAGGAAAAUAGCUUUUGUGACCCCUACAGGUUACUACGAGUAUUGCGUUAUGCCAUAUGGGCUGGUUAACGCCCCCUCCAUAUUUCACUACUUCAUGCACAAGGUGCUCCGGGAGUUUCUUAACAAGUUUGUGCUGGUCUACAUUGAUAACAUCCUCAUAUACUCCCAGAGUUUGGCCAUACAUUGCUGUUAUGUUACAGAGGUCCUGAAGAUGCUCUGA